GGUGUCGCGUCAACCCGCAAAACGCGUCUUGGCGAACGCGUUUCUUGGCAGAAUAUCUGCACUCAAGGCCUCGAGGCGAGCGAGUCAAUGAAAAAUGUCCUACCUAGAAGGGAUGAACGAAGCCCAACGCCAAGCUGUUACGCAUGACCCAUUAAUACCAUUGCAGAUACUUGCUGGCCCGGGAAGUGGAAAGACAAAAGUCCUCACGGCGCGCAUUGCGCAUUUAGUUGGGCAUCAUAAAAUCGCACCUCAGGCCAUUGUUGCUGUUACCUUCACCAACAAAGCGGCGAAGGAGAUGAGGGAGCGAUUGAAGAAACUUAUCGGGGAUGGGAAGACUUCGAUGCUUCGAAUGGGAACAUUCCAUGCUCUUUGCGCAAAAUAUCUACGCAUCUAUGGCAAGCGCAUCUUCCUUCCGGAGAAUUUCUCUAUUUGUGACGCGGACGAGACUAAAAAGAUUAUCAAAAAGCUUUUAAAGCUUCCCAAGCACGCUGAUGUCAUUGCUAAUAAGCGUCUUCAUGCCGAACCACGCAUUAUAGCUUCGUUUAUUUCUAAAGCAAAAGCGAAUGGCCAAUCUCCCGAAGAUGUGAAGAGCUUAAUCCAGAGUGGGGAUGACAAGGAUAUUGAUUUCGAGAGCGUGGUGGCCGAAAUUUACAGCGAUUAUUCUGAAGAGCUCAGAGUGACUAACUGUCUCGACUUUGAUGACCUCUUGAUGUAUGGUGUCAAGCUAUUUUUGAAGGCCCGUGACAUUGGGCUUAAGAUACGACACGUACUUGUCGACGAAUUCCAGGACACAAAUGUCAUUCAAUUCCAAUUAAUGACCUUACUUGCCUCGACCAAGGGUGUCAGCAUUGUAGGCGAUCCGGACCAGUCAAUAUACGGCUGGCGAAGUGCAGAUAUUGAAAAUUUGAGCAAGAUGCAAACUUUGUUCCCCGAAACGCAACAAAUAUACCUUGAGCAGAAUUACCGGUCCACUGGCUCAAUCCUUGCCGCCGCCAGCGUGAUAAUAUCCGGCGACAAAAGCCGUAUCCAAAAAACCUUAUUCACAGCAGAGCAGGAUGGGUCUAAGCCAACGCUUCGGGAGGUUGCAGGCGAGAACAUGGAGGCUGAAUGCAUCGCAUACGAGAUCAAAAGACUUAUAGCCUACAGCGGAGGUCUGCUAGAUUACAAUGAUUUUGCUAUUCUGCUAAGGUUCAAUGCAUUGUCGCGUAUACUUGAACAGGUACUGCAAAGGGAAGGAAUACCUGUUCGCAUCUUGGGAGGACACAGAUUUUUUGAUCGUAUGGAGGUGAAAGAUCUCAUAUCCUAUCUGCAACUGGUGGAUAAUCCUCACAACUGGUUUGCGUUUGAGCGUGCUGUCAACGUUCCCAAGCGAGGAAUGGGUGAUAAGAGCGUACAAGAGAUUCUAAAAAGAGCUUCUGCGAUAGGAAUAACGCCUAUGGACCUUUGUCAGCGUAUUGUUUCCGGUAAAGCUGCCGAUAUCAAGCCCGCCGUCAAGCGUAAAAUUACCCCUUUCGUGGAUGUUAUCGAUACACUCUCUCGAUUAGCCGUGAAUGAGGAAUAUAGUGCCGAGGAGUUGGUCUUGAGGCUCGUUGCGAUGAUUGGCUAUGAGGAAUGGCUCAAGACCUCUCAGCCGGCUGAUUGGGAAGCCCGAUGGGAAAAUGUGAGAGAACUGAUUAAGUUUGCCGGCGAAUCAUUGCGUAGCGAGUCGCCCCAAGUAGAGCCCCAACCCACCGUCACGGCUGACAACCGUCGGACUUCUCUGAUUCAGAACGCUGAGACCAUUAGUCCCCACAGACGUUCCGAAUCGAACAGCCAUUUAGAGGGAGACGUCAUCGAAGAAAACCGGAGCGUCACUCCUUUGCGGAAGUUCUUGGAGGACACUUCGCUCCUUUCGGACCCCGAUGAGGAGGGGCGACAAGAACAGGAGGACCAAGAUAAAAAUUCUGUACCCAAAGUUACAAUCUCCACUUGUCAUUCGGCCAAAGGUCUGGAAUGGCCAGUGGUUUUUUUGCCCGCAGUCGAAAAUUGGGUUUUCCCCUUCUACAAGUCAGAAGAUGUGGAUGAGGAAAGGCGACUCCUUUACGUAGGUUGUACUCGAGCCCAAGCAUUUCUCUAUGUGUCGUACUGUCGCGAUCGGGAUCUCCAGUGGCUUUCACGAUCGUCUGGACCUUCGCCUUUUUUGCUUCUUAAUCGUGCCAAACAUGUUACAAAUACUGCCUUCUCGCCCAAGACACCGCCCUUAACAAUGGAUGAAAUGGCUCUGACUUCGAAAAUCCUGAAGCGUCCUCCGAUUGAUAUUAUUACUUCAAGGGAUCGGAUCCAGGAGUUCCACAAGAAAAUCCACGCGACCCGUCCCAGAAGGAAAAGGAAGAGGAUAGCAUAACUUCUCAGAGUCAUAACACAGAGAAAAUCUCCCGCUCUCUCCUAGCCCCAGCCUGGAACACGGGAGACGACAGUCUUACAAGCUUCGUGAGGCCCGCGACCAACCUUCAUCCAACUGAUAGUCAAACCAAGUCGUUUUCCGCCAAUGUAAUCGGACUAGCGUUGCCACCCCCUGGAACGGCAUUCCUUCCCAAAAAUACAAUCGUGGAUUCGUGCUUUUCCUCU